AUGCCGUUUGGAAUAGACAACACCGACUUCACUGUCCUGGCGGGGCUAGUGCUUGCCGUGCUACUGUACGUAAAGAGAAACUCCAUCAAGGAACUGCUGAUGUCCGAUGACGGCGAUAUCACAGCCGUCAGCUCGGGCACCAGGGAUAUUGCGCAGGUGGUGACUGAGAACAACAAGAACUACCUGGUGCUGUAUGCUUCGCAGACCGGGACUGCCGAGGAUUACGCUAAGAAGUUCUCCAAGGAGCUGGUGGCCAAGUUCAACCUGAACGUCAUGUGCGCGGACGUUGAGAACUACGAUUUCGAGUCGCUAAACGACGUGCCUGUCAUUGUGUCCGUCUUUAUCUCCACAUACGGUGAAGGUGACUUCCCCGAUGGGGCCAUUCAGUUUGAAGACUUCAUCUGUAACGCGGAAGCUGGGUCCCUGUCGAAUCUGAGAUACAACCUGUUUGGUCUGGGAAACUCCACCUACGAGUUCUUUAAUGGUGCCGGCAAGAAGGCCGAGAAGCAUCUCUCCGCCGCGGGCGCUACCAGACUAGGUAAGUUUGGUGAGGCUGACGAUGGUGCAGGAACCACGGACGAAGACUACAUGGCCUGGAAGGACUCCAUCUUGGAGCUCUUGAAGGACGAACUGCAUUUGGACGAACAGGAAGCGAAGUUUACCUCCCAGUUCCAAUACUCCGUCUUGGAGGAGAUCAACGACUCCGUAUCGCUUGGUGAGCCCUCUCCGCACUACUUGCCCUCGCACGAGUUGAGCUGCAACGCGGAUGGGAUUCAGCUGGGCCCCUUCGACUUGUCUCAACCUUUCAUUGCCCCCAUCGUCAAAUCUCGCGAACUCUUCUCUUCCAACGACCGUAACUGCAUCCACACUGAAUUUGACUUGUCUGGCUCUAACAUUAAAUACUCCACUGGUGAUCAUCUUGCUAUCUGGCCCUCCAACUCAUUGGAAAAGGUCGAGCAGUUCUUGUCCAUAUUUAAUUUGGACGCUGAGACCAUUUUCGACUUGAAGCCCCUGGACCCCACCGUUGAAGUUCCCUUCCCAACCCCAACCACGGUGGGUGCCGUCAUCAAACACUACUUGGAAAUCACAGGCCCUGUGUCCAGACAGUUGUUCUCGUCUUUGGUUCAGUUCGCUCCCAACAGCGACAUUAAGGACAAAUUGGCCCUACUGUCCAAGGACAAGGACCAGUUUGCCGUAGAGAUAACUUCAAAGUAUUUCAACAUUGCCGAUGCUUUGCAUUAUUUGUCCGAUGGCGUUAAAUGGGACACCGUCCCCAUGCAAUUCUUGCUCGAAUCAAUUCCUCAAAUGACUCCUCGUUACUAUUCCAUCUCCUCCUCUUCCCUGUCCGAAAAGCAAACAGUUCAUGUUACCUCUAUCGUGGAAAACUUCCCCAACCCAGAAUUGCCCGAUGCUGCCCCCGUCGUUGGUGUGACCACUAACUUGUUGAGAAACAUCCAAUUGGCCCAAAACAACGUUAACAUUGCCGAGACUAACCUACCUGUUCACUACGAUUUGAAUGGCCCACGUAAUCUUCUCGCCAAGCACAAAUUGCCCGUUCAUGUCCGUCGUUCCAAUUUCAGAUUGCCUUCUAACCCUUCCACGCCAGUUAUCAUGAUUGGCCCAGGCACUGGUAUUGCCCCAUUCCGUGGGUUCAUCAGAGAACGUGUUACAUUCUUGGAACUGCAAAAGAAGGGUGGCAGCAACGUCUCCCUAGGUAAACAUUUGCUGUUUUACGGGUCUCGUAACACGGAUGACUUCCUAUACCAGGACGAAUGGCCAGAGUACGCCAAGAAGCUCGACGGCUCAUUCGAAAUGGUGGUGGCUCACUCCAGGUUACCAAACUCCAAGAAAGUCUACGUUCAAGAUAAAUUAAUAGAUUGUGAAGACCAAGUCUUUGAAAUGAUCAACAACGGUGCAUUUAUCUACGUUUGUGGUGAUGCAAAGGGUAUGGCCAAGGGUGUGUCCACUGCCUUGGUUGGAAUCCUCUCCCGUGGUAAGUCUAUUUCUACUGACGAAGCCGCCGAACUAAUCAAGAUGCUCAAGACCUCUGGUAGAUAUCAAGAAGAUGUAUGGUAG